AUGCCUUUCCCUUACAAGAAAGUGGUGGUGAUUGGUGCUACUAGUGGCAUCGGCGAAGCAUUCGCACAUCGCCUCAUCGAUGACGGCUCGUUUGUCAUUGCCGUUGGACGUCGAAAAGAGAAUCUCGAAACCCUCGUCCAGAACCAUGGACACGACAAAUGUCAAGCAGUGCCAUUCGAUAUUACCAAGCUGGAAUCUGUGCCGCACUUCGCAACAAACAUCAUGAAUACCCACCCUGACGUCGACUGUAUCAUCCUCAACUCGGGCAUCCAAAGAAGGACAGAUUUUAGCGACCCCGACUCGAUUGACAUUAAUUCGUUGCAGCUCGAGUUCAACACCAACUACAUCGCACACCUGGCUCUGACCAAAGCAUUUUUGCCGUUUUUGCAGAAAAGGUCGACAGAGUCUGCACUGGUCUACAUUACCUCUGGCCUGGCACUGGUUCCGAUUCUCCGCUGUUCAAACUAUUGCGCUUCGAAAGCCGCAUUGCAUCAGUGGAUACUGUGUCUGCGAGCACAACUGAGUAAGACGAAGGUGAAGGUUAUUGAGAUUUUGCCACCGGCGGUUCAGACCGAGCUCCACGACGAGAAGCAUCAGCCAGAUAUUAAGGACGGUCGCCAGAUUGGAAUGCCUCUAGACGAAUUCAUGGAUGAAGCAUACUCUGGAUUGGUCCGUGGCCAGACUCAAGUACCCGUUGGAACGUCCAAGCGUGCCUUUAACGGGUUUGAAGUAAAGCGGCAGGAGGCCUUUGCGCAUAUGCUCAAAGUCAUGGGCUCUGGACCGUAG